CCAUUCCGCCUUGUAACCUACCUUUUCGGCUGGAACAAAAGCGCGAACAGUGCAAUCCGAAUGACAGCUACGCUUUCGCAACCCUCCACUUUGUUACGGGGGGUGGAAGAUCCCCCUUCCCUGCAGCGACGGCGGCAGAGUAGGUCCUUCUUCCUCCCUCGAGGCCAGAUUGGUUUCUUAGUUCCUGCUGUAUUUGUUGUCGGUCGGUUCGCCACCAUAUUCGCAUUGACUCCGUUACCAUCGUCCAUCCUUGGACAGACCAGUGGUUUGAUCUGUGAAGAGAAGAAAUAUGAUGAAUCAACAGUGGUCUGCACCUUUGAAGUCCACAAAGAUUGGUCCGGAGCUUUGGAUCCGUUCCGGACCUGCGUACAGGGCGGCGGAGACGAAAUGUGUGUGGAAGCACUUGUGACAGUCGUGCAACGAGACGAAACAGAGGACCAUUCAACCAAGAAGAGAAGGGAAAAAACCGAUGAUGUCGAUCUGAAGAUUGGUGCUCAGAUUUACCGAUCUCCGUUUUCGCAGUACGGUAACGAAGUCCAAGCUGUUCUGCUACGGCAUCAAGAUAUUUUCCUCGGAAACCAAGUCGCAAAGUUUCAUCCCUUUAAACAAGGACAAGCCUACUUGGAAUUAGGACAAGCGCAUAAUUUGCAAAUGGGACAGCUUUUCAAGGCGUUCGGCGAUGGUCAGUCGAUGAUACGGCUUGCUUUAAAUGCUUUUGAAUCCGCCAAGGCAAUUUACAGUCAGGUAGACGAUAGCAAAGAAGAUCGCGAUCUGUCACUCCAUUGCAAAACAUCCGUGAUUUUUCACAUGGGUGAGACCUACUCCUUUUCAACAGUUGAAGAGCACAACAAGUUGGCCAUAGAAUACUUUAUCCAGGCCCAAAGGGCGUACAAGAACUUGUUGGAUCGAGUUGAGAUAAGCUCCUAUCUCAGUAGAAAAGAUGUACUGGACGACAUUAGAAUGGGCUGGGCACACUGCUGCCUAGCUAUUGGUGUCUCUCUGAUUUCAGGCUCAGACGACUAUGACUCUCAGCUUGCUAUGGAUAUAGCCGAGCUCAAGCAAACGCAGGAAAAGAGUCCAGAAGCCCGUGCGCAGCUUCUUUCCUACGGCUCGAGCGUCUCUGCUGAAAACGCUCAAGAAGCACAAUUGCUGUUCACUGAUUCCGCCAAUGUCUUUCGAAAGAUGAUAGAAGAGCAAGGCAAUCGCGACGAGCCAAUCGAGUUGCAGCGUCAAUUGGCCAACGCCUUGCAGAAUUUGGCAACCGCUGCAGUUUUGCAGGGAAACUUCAAAUCAGGAAGUGAAGCGAGUGAAGAAGCACUCUCAGUACUCAUGUCAAUUCUUGACCAAUCACCGCAUGAUUCAGCGGAUCGUGAGGACGUUCUCAUAUCGGUCGGCGAAAUUCUCAUUGGGCUUGCCGAAUACUACUUGCAACAGGGCAAAUAUGAUCAGUCGCACGAAAAGUACAAAGCCGCCAUGAAAUGGUACCAGUCACACAGGCAGCUACAAGCUUUAUCAGCGCCAUUGUACGCCUUGAUGAGUGAAAAUGACACACUUGAAAAGUACGAAAUGAUAUUGGAGGACUACUACGCGUUGCUGGAAGAUCAGUCCAAUAUGGCCGACGCGGACGAACACUUUGACGACCAAAAUGAAUAUUACUACGAAAAGAACGACGCGUACGAAGGUGACUUACAUGCCACCCUUGGUGCAUUGUAUCUAGCACGAGGCGAUAUAGGAACAGCCCAAUCUAGCUUUCUUCGUGCGGCGGAGCUCUACGAAAGUGCCGGCGAAGGAGGUAACCAGGCCAGCGCGGAAGUCCAAUUUAACCUGGCCACAACAAGUUUUCAGAAUCGGGAGUACGAUGCCAGUAUCGCAUACCAUCACCGCGGGGUUGCUAUUUAUCGGAGUCUCGUCGUGGAAGGCGACAGUCCAAUGGUAGACGGGUUGUAUAACGUGGAGUUUGUUGAGGGCGUGCCUGAGCCAGUCAAGGAAUCUAAAGCAAAGGAAAGAACGGUCGAGCAUCGUCCCAAAAAAGACGAUAAAGCAAAGCCCAACCAACCAAUCAUACACAUUGACGUGCAUCAAUAUGCCCGGCAAAUGUUACUGAACGCAUCAUCGAGCAAAGAAGAGUUGUAA